AUAAGCUUGACUCAAUGGAGAUAUGGGUGUUCUUGUUUAUGGUAUUCUUUGCUUCAAAAACCCUCUCUCAAGAUACAACGGAUUGGGUGAGAAUUGAUUGUGGAUCUGAAAUCAGCUAUCCAAGCGAAGAAAUCUGGUGGCAGACAGAUGAUGAGUUCAUCAAAACAGGUAAAAACAAACUGGUCUCUCGCAGAAGCUACAGCAGCUUGGAGCUACUCAACACUCUCAGAGUUUUCACACAACAAAACAAGAACUGUUACACUCUGCCUACCCCAACACCAGCCAGAUAUUUCAUUAGAGCUGUGUUUUAUUAUGGCAACUACGAUGGCCUUUCGAAGCCACCGACCUUUGACCUUGAGUUUGAUGGAAACAAGUGGGCUACUGUUGAGACUUCUCUCACCGAUCCCAGUUAUUAUGAACUGGUUUAUGCAAACAAGGGCGAAAACAUCAGUGUCUGCUUAGCUCGUACUUACCAUGACCAGUUCCCGUUUAUUUCCUCCUUGGAAUUGUGGCCAUUGCCUGAUAACAUGUAUGCUGGCAUGAGUAGAGACUCGGCCUGGCUUCAAAGCUAUCGUUACAACUAUGGAGCUAGUGACACUGAUUGGAUCAUUGGGUACCCCACUGAUGAAUACAAUAGAAUAUGGAAACCAAUGGUACCAACUGGCCUGAUUCCGGUAGUGGCAGAUUUCUAUUCCCUAUACUACACAACUGUCGAGUAUCCUCCCACAUCUGCAAUAAUCCAAGCGGUCAGAGCUCCGAACCCAACAGACACGAUCAGUUUGCAGUUCACGUUUAGCAAAACCAAUACCCUCAACCAUGUUGUUGUGUAUUUCACAGAAGUUGCUUUCAAUAUUAAUGAAACUAGAUCCUUUGAUUUUUAUGUGAACAACAAUUUCAUGGUAACAAUCAGGCCAGAGUACGAGAAUUGUACUGAUGCAUGGGCCAAUGCUCCAACAGUGGGUGCAAUGGAGGUUGAGCUCCGGCCACCUAUUGACUCUGUUCUUCCUCCCGUUAUCAGUGCCAUUGAAGUGUACACGGCGAGUGAUCCUCUGGUCACCAUUGGAACAUCACAGGAUGAUUUGGAUGGACUGGCAGUCUUGAUAAGCACCUUUGAGCAGCUUGAGGGGUGGAGUGGGGAUCCAUGUCUCCCUAGUGACACCAUAUGGCAGUGGCUGAACUGCAUAGGCAAUGACCCUCCAAGAGUAACCUCCCUAAAUCUCUCAGGGUAUGAACUGGAUGGCUCUCUCCCUGACUUCAGCCAAAUGCAGGCUCUUGAAACCAUAGAUUUAGGAAAUAACAGUCUCGAGGGUUCAAUUCCAGAUUUUCUAGGAAAGCUGCCAAGUUUAAAGCUGCUUAACCUCAGUUAUAACAACUUCUCUGGUGAAGUUCCUCAAAGUAUAACCAAAAACAAGAAAAUAAAAUACCAGAUCAAUGGGAACCCAAGCCUACAUCAUCACAAGGGAAAAAACUUGGGUCUUAUAAUUGGCUUGACCAUUGGAAUACCUGUGGGACUAAUACUGGUGUUUGCUCUUGUUUAUUUCCUAACACGAAAAAGCCAAUGUCUGGCCACGGACAAGUUACAAUAG